AUGGCAUCUUCCAAGGAGCCCGUCCCCAAGAAGCAAAAGCUGUCUGCUUCCGCUGCUGCCCAAAAGUUUGACGAUGCCCUUGCCCUGUGUGAGAGCUCUCUUCUGGAAAUGGCGGAGGAGGGCGACAAGGAACAGUAUAAUUUUUCAUGUUUUGGCGACAAUGACCACUUUGGAAAGGCAAGGCCCACCGAUACUAUGUACAGUGCUGCAUUUUCCAGCAUCCACUCUGCUGAUUAUUGGACUGAUUACAUUGUGGGAAAUGAAACUCUCGAGAUUAGGGUGUGCUGUUCGCUUGCUGGUGGUGGGAAUCUACAAAUGCUUAAAUGGGCCCAUGAAAAAUCUUUUUCAUGGAACGAAAGGACAUGUGCAGAGGCUGCAAACAAGGGACAAUUAGCUGCGUUGAAAUAUGCACGCACUAAUGGCUGCCAUUGGAACGGGCUAACAUGUCGGAUAGCAGCAAAAAAUGGUCAUCUGAAUGUCCUUCAAUGGGCACAUGAAAACCAGUGCCCUUGGGAAUGGGAUGAAGACGCAUGUUCUGAGGCUGCUACUCAUGGUCAUUUAGAUGUGAUUGAAUAUGCCCACCGGCAUGGUUGCCCAUUCGACGAACGAACAUGUAUAGCUGCUGCUUCUGCUGGGCAUCUGCACGUUGUGAAAUGGUUACACGAAAAUCAACGCCCCUGUUGUGCACUCACAUGCGUCAUGGCUGCCGCCUAUGGUCAUCUGGAAAUACUGAAAUGGGCCCGUGAAAAGGACAUUUCAUGGGAUGUUUGUUGCUGCCGUGCUGCUGCUGCAAAUGGGCAUUUGGAAAUUUUGAAAUGGUUGUAUGAAAAUCAGUGCCCUUGGGAUUCCACAACAUGUGUUGCUGCCGCCGAAUAUGGGCAUUUGGAUAUUUUGAAAUGGGCCCAUGCCAAUGGUUGUCCUUGGGACCAAGAGACAUGCUCUGCUGCCGCCGAAUAUGGGCAUUUGGAUGUUUUGAAAUGGGCCCGUGCCAAUGGUUGCCCUUGGGAUGCACAAACCUGA